AUGUGGCUGUCAGCAACUGCCUACUUUGGCAUUCUAUCUGGACUGUACUCGUUUGGCCUUUUUCUGCCAACCAUUAUCAACGACAGUGGAUUUGCAGCAAACGAGAACCAAGUCCAACUGUGGUCGGUGAUACCAUAUGCGGUGGCAGCUAUCCUCACAGUGAUUGUAUCGUACAUCUCGGACUGGAUGCGGCUCCGAGGAGUCAUAAUGCUUGCCACACUCCCGGUUGCCAUUGUCGGAUAUGCAGCGAUUGCCAACAUUGAAUCUCCCAAGGUCAAGUAUGGAAUGACUAUUCUAAUGGCCACGGGGAUGUACAGCACCGUUCCUUGCAUCCUGGUCUGGAAUUCGAACAACUCGGCUGGACAUUAUAAACGGGCCACGACGUCUGGAAUGCAGUUGGCCAUUGCAAAUUGCGGUGGAUUUGUUGCUACUUUCAUUUACCCCAGCAAUGACAAGCCACAGUAUCAUCGAGGCCAUACGGUCGUUGUCGCUCUGUUGGUGUUUGCAUGGCUCAUGAUCCUGUUUAAUGUCCUGUACUGCGCCAGAAUCAACCGCGAUAAGAGAAGGGGAAAAUAUACACAAUAUGCCGGAUGUAAUGAUGAUAGGGACCCUGGGUUUCUCAUGGUGCUCGCUGCAACUGCUUUGCGGCAUGUCACGAGAACAUCUGUAUGGUACGCCGUGGGAUUACUGGCUCGAAACCAGAACGACGACGUUGAUCAGGCGUUGAAGAUCGUCCAGAAUGUCAUCGAUAGACAAUUUACGGACCCAAAAGAUCAAUGGUAUGGGGACUACCAACAGUAUCCCGAAGAACCCACGGUGGGUAGUUUGGCAUAUUCCCCGAUCAUCUACGACACUUGGGAUCCGAAUUGGCGAGGAUUUAUCGGGGCAGCCUUUGUUAUUGCUCUGGAGGAAUUCCCUGAUUUGAUUAAUGAGAACAUGACUAAACUCAUGCAUGCAUCUCUCUACAACGCUACUGUCGGGGAUAGCUACCGCGUCGGAGGAGUCGACGAUGACAAUCUAUAUCCUUCUUAUACAAAUCCGUCCCUGAUGCGAGCUCUCGUCAGUGGCUGGACAGGUCGAACCCUUAAAGACGAAAACAUGACACAGGCAGGAGAAAUGUAUGCAAAUGAGAUAAUCCAGCUCUUUGACCGAGCAGAAACUCUUUCAGAAUUCAACAGCGCGACGUAUACAGGAGUGUCUCUGAUUGCACUUACUAUGUGGGCAAAAUAUGCACCAGAAAGCUCGAUCAUGAAGGACAAAGGAAAGGAGAUGCUGCAAGACACCUGGAAAGAUAUCGGGAAAUUGUACCACGCAGAUUUGAAGAAUCUUGCUGGCCCUUGGGAUCGGUCAUAUGGUUUCGAUAUGCAAAAGUAUUUUGGGAUUAUGUCGGCACAUAUAUGGUCUUUGGUUGGCAAGGCUACUUCACCGGUGAUUGAUAAGGUCUACAUGAUGUCGCACAACUCUGAUUUUGCCAUUUCUCCCUUGGUGGCCAUUUUGUCCAAUUUCCACAAUGCCCUGGUGCCCUCGUCAGCCGUGGAUGCUUUGAAAACCUUCCCUGGAGAGCACUUUGUCAAUACUUCAGCAUACUCCAUUCCAUAUGAUUCCUCCCCCCGAAAGGUCAAUGCUUGGUUGGGAAAGAAGAUCAGUAUAGGCGCGGAGAGCUUCAACGAGACUGUCAUUGGGGGGCCAGCUGUCAAUCCGUCGACUUUUAACCCUGCAGUGAUUCAAUGGGACACUGAAACAGGGAUUGGCUGGAUAGUGCUUUAUGCUACCGAAAGCGCGCUGGAUGCUGUCGUUGGACCGGGAUAUCUCAAUCUCACGUACCCAUAUGGAACAAAUGCUUCAAAGUUCCAGUUCCUAAUGUCACCAUUUUACAAGAAGCAAGAUGUUACCGGAUUUGAUGGCAUCCCUGGGUUGAAAGUUGACAUAUCGGGGAAUGUUGCUUCGAAGCCGAACGUGACGUACAGUUCGAGUGAUGAAACGAUCAAUGACUUUAUGUUUUGGAAUUUGACAUACUCGAUGCCGGCGGAUAGCAUUGCAAAACCAAAUAUUUUGUUGGAGGUUGAGCUGGAAUGA